GUACACCCGCCCCCAUUCAGCGCCAGCCAACAAGAUCUCCUGCGCACCCAUAGCUCUUCGAGGAGACACUGGGAGCUACUAGUUCCUAAUUAACUCGGAUCAAACCACCCAGUCAGACGCGGCUGACAUAGCAAAUACCACCCCAAACUAACAUCGUCAUACACAACCUAUCCGUCAACAUGUCUGUUGCCCAAGACGCUCUCUCGCCGAAUGGUAACGAUCUACCGUCGCUAUCCAUGGGCGAUCUGAAGCUCGAUGAGAACGAGCCUCGCUUAGGCCCGGAUGGCGAGCCCGCACCUAAGACUGACGAGGAAUAUGCUGUAGCACAAUUGACGCUUCGCGCCAUCGUCUCCUCCAAAGAAGCUGGAGUCAUAAUCGGUAAGGGAGGUAAGAAUGUCGCAGACCUGCGGGAUGAUACCGGGGUCAAGGCCGGCGUGAGCAAGGUCGUGCAAGGCGUGCAUGACCGUGUUCUGACCAUUUCGGGUGGCUGCGAAUCCAUUUCUAGAGCAUACGCUAUCGUCGCUCGCGCGCUCUUGGAAGGCGCUCCCGCGGUGGGAAUGGGAGGCGUUAUACAGAGCAGCGGAACACAUCAAAUCAAGCUACUCAUCUCCCACAAUCAGAUGGGUACUAUCAUUGGCAGAGCAGGUCUCAAGAUCAAGCACAUCCAAGACGUCUCCGGCGUGCGCAUGGUCGCGCAGAAGGAAAUGCUACCGCAAUCGACCGAGAGAAUCGUCGAGCUGCAGGGAACACCCGACGGCAUUCAGCGAGCUGUCUGGGAAAUUUGCAAGUGCUUAGUCGAUGACUGGCAGCGUGGCACCGGCACUGUACUCUACAAUCCUGUCGUUCGAACCGCGCCCGGCAGUGCGGGGUCCCUUGGCGGUGCUUCCAGUACUGGCGGGGUAGCGUACAGCAACUCGUCCAGUAGAGGUGAUUACGGCGGCACUCGUGUGAUGCGAACUGGAAACGGUGCCGACUUUAGCAAUGGGGGUGUGCGUCCAUACAAUCGGCGGUCGGACUCUGAUGCGGCCACCCGUGGACCACCAACGCACGAUGAGAAUGGAGAAGAGAUCCAGACUCAGAACAUUAGCAUCCCCGCAGAUAUGGUUGGAUGCAUCAUUGGACGUGCCGGAAGCAAGAUUAGCGAGAUCCGCAAGACUUCUGGCGCCCGCAUUUCUAUUGCCAAGGCACCUCACGACGAAACUGGCGAGCGAAUGUUCACCAUAAUGGGAACUGCGAAAGCCAACGAAUCUGCGCUGUUCCUUCUCUAUGAGAAUCUCGAGGCAGAGAAGAUGCGCCGCAGCCAAUCGCAACCCGCCGAGUAAUCGCUCAUCUCGCUGUUAUGGGAUAUGAUGGCCAUUACAGAGAGGCCAGGAGCCUAUUCAUCUAUCUGGAAUAUUUCUAUUGCUGGGUCUGAUUUUGCGACGUACCCUGCGUUUUGAAGGGGCACUUCAGAUUUGACUUGCCGCAAGGCUGAC